UGGCUUCCCACGUGGGUGGGGGGCGAAGGAGCCUUUGUCUUUCCCGGGUGCUGCGUCCAUCGGUGGCCCCUCCUGAAACCGGGACUUUGUAGCACCCAAGAAGAUCCUUUUGCUAUGUUGGAGGCUUCAUUGAAACACAGUUCAAAGAUGGAAGAGGGAGACUCAGCUGUCCCUGAAGAAAGAAGAGGCCUCAAUACCAUCAAGACUUGGAGCAGUGGGGAAUUCUGGGAAAGCACCAUGCAGAAGAUCCAGUGCGAAGAGAACACACUCAGCUCAGAUCUGCACUGCCAGCGUUUCAGGGAUUUCUGCUACCUGGAGGCGGAGGGGCCCCGAGAGGUUUGCAGCCGACUCCAUAGUCUCUGUCAUGAGUGGCUAAAGCCCGAGCAGCACACAAAAAAUCAGAUCCUGGACUUGGUGAUCCUGGAGCAGUUCCUGGCUGUCCUUCCCCCAAAGAUGGCGAGCUGGGUGAGGGAAUGUGGAACAGAAACCAGUUCCCAGGCAGUGGCCCUGGCCGAAGGUUUCCUCCUGAGCCAGGCAGAGGACAACAAGGGAUAUCCAGCGUCGUUUCAGGCAAAGGGUCUGUUCGCAGAAUUGGGCACUGAUUUCCCUGAGGCAGAGAGCACUCCAUCGAACACCAGACGGAGACUGCUAGGUGAUGGAAAGAUGCCGGCAAGACCUACUCAAGCGCCACCUCUUUCCGAUGGAGUAGAAGGAGCUGCUGCGGGACCGGAUCGGGGUCCAAUAUCCUUUGAGGAGGUGGCUGUGUAUUUCACAGAAGAGGAGUGGGCCCUGCUGGAUGCUGACCAGAGAGCUUUGCAUAAGGGAGUCAUGGAGGAGAAUUGUGGGAUGCUGACCUCUCUCGAAGGUGACAAACGGGAAACCAAGAAUGGAGAAUUACAUGGGAAAGCGACAUGGGAAAGAGAGAGAUCUGAAAAGGGGGAAGAACAUGGAAUGAAAACCAAAGCAGAAGAGAAGUGGAGGAAUAAAUCCUCUGCCUCUUGGGGCAGUGACUACCAUGAAAUUGCAGUGCAAGAAAAAACAGAUCAAAGAAACGAAAGAAGUGAAUGUUUUAGUUACGGGAAAAGUCUAAAUUCUAAAAGAAAAUGCAAAACCUACUGCAAAAACCACAAAGGGGAGAAACCAACUCAGUGCUUAGAAUGUGGAAAGAGCUUCAGUAGAUAUUCCUCUCUCACCAAGCAUCAAAGAAUUCAUACUGGGGAGAAACCAUAUAAAUGCUUGGAAUGUGGAAAGAGCUUCAGUCAGAGCUCACAUCUCAGUUCCCAUACAAAAAUUCAUACAGGGGAGAAACCGUAUAAAUGCUUGGAGUGUGGAAAGAGUUUCCCGUACAUUUCUAAACUUACUUCCCAUCAAAGAAUUCAUACUGGGGACAAACCUUAUAAAUGUUUGGAGUGUGGAAAGUGCUUCAGUCAGAGCUCAAAUCUCACUUCCCAUGAAAGAAUUCAUACAGGGGAGAAACCAUAUAAAUGCUUGGAAUGUGGAAAGGACUUAAGCAGCAAGGGAGGUCUCACUUACCAUCAAAGAAUUCAUACUGGGGAGAAACCAUAUCAGUGCUUGGAAUGUGGAAAGAGCUUCAUCUAUAAGAACAGACUCAUUUACCAUCAAAGAAUGCACACAGGGGAGAAACUAUAUAAAUGCUUGGAAUGUGGAAAGAGCUUCAGUGAGAGUUCACAUCUCGCUUCCCAUCAAAGAAUUCACACAGGAGAGAAACCAUAUAAAUGCUUGGAAUGUGAAAAGAGCUUCAGUGAGAGUUCAUCUCUCACUUCCCAUCAGAGAAUUCACACAGGGGAGAAACCGUAUAAAUGUUUUGAAUGUGGAAAGAACUUUCAUCAGAAGAUACAUCUCACUAAUCAUCAAAGAAUUCACACAGGGGAGAAACCGUAUAAAUGUUUUGAAUGUGGAAAGAACUUUAAUCAGAAGAUAAAUCUCACUAAACAUCAAAGAAUUCACACUGGGGAGAAACCAUACAAAUGUUUGGAAUGUGGAAAGAGCUUCAGUCAGAGCUCAAUUCUCGCUACACAUCAUAAAAUUCACACUGGGGAGAAACCAUAUAAAUGUUUUGAAUGUGGAAAGAAAUUCAGUCAGAGCUCAAUUCUCGCUUCACAUCAUAAAAUUCACACCGGGGAGAAACCAUAUAAAUGUCUGGAAUGUGGAAAGAGCUUUGCUUACAUUUCCAGACUUUACACCCAUCAAAGAAUUCAUACUGGGGACAAACCAUAUAAAUGCUUGGAAUGUGGAAAGAGCUUCAGUCAGAGCUCACAUCUCAGUUCCCAUCAAAGAAUUCACACUGGGGAGAAACCAUAUAAAUGCUUGGAAUGUGGAAAGGGCUUCAGAGAUACUAUUACCCUUUUUUCUCACAAAAGAAUUCACAGUGGCGAGAAACCAUAUAAAUGCUUGGAAUGUGGAAAGAGCUUCAUCUAUAAGUGCACACUCAUUUACCAUGAAAGAAUGCACACAGGGGAGAAACCAUAUAAAUGUCUGGAAUGUGGAAAAGGUUUUCCUUACAUGUCUACCCUUUCUAUGCAUCAAAGAAUUCAUACUGGGGACAAACCUUAUAAAUGUUUGGAAUGUGGAAACAGCUUCAGUAACAGGUCAAAUCUCACCACUCAUCAAAGAAUUCAUACAGGGGAGACACCGUAUAAAUGCUUGGAAUGCGGAAAGAGCUUCAGAGACAAUUCUACCCUUUCUUCUCACAAAAGAAUUCACACUGGGGAGAAACCAUAUAAAUGCCUGGAAUGUGGAAAUGACUUCCGCUGCAAGAAAACACUUACUUGCCAUCAAAGAAUUCACACUGGGGAGAAACCAUUUAAAUGCUCAGACUGUGGAAAGAGUUUCAGCAAUAGGAAAAGCUGCAUAAUCCAUCAAAGAAUUCAUACAGGGGAGAAACCAUAUAAGUGUUUGGAAUGUGGAAAAGGCUUUAGAGACAAUUCUACCCUUUUUUCUCACAAAAAAAUUCACACAGGGGAGAAACCAUAUAAAUGCUUGGAAUGUGGAAAGAGCUUCAUCUAUAAGUAUAAACUCAUUUCCCAUCAAAGAAUGCACACAGGGGACAAACCGUAUAAAUGUUUGGAGUGUGGAAAGAGCUUCAGUCAGAGGUCAAAGCUCACUUCGCAUCAAAAAAUUCAUACAGGCAAGAAACCAUAAAAAUGUUAGGAAUGUGGAAAGUACUUCAGAGACAAUUCUACCCUUUUUUCUCACAAAAAAAUUCAAACGGGAGAAACCAUAUAAAUGCGUGGAAUUUGGAAAUAGCUUCAUCUAUAAACACAGACUCCUUUCCCAUCAAAGAAUGCACACGGGAGAAAUCGUAUAAAUGUUUGGAGUGUGGAAAGAGCUUCAGUCAGAGCUCACAUCUCACUUCCCACCAGAGAAUUCACAUUGGGGAGGCACCAUAAAAAUGCUUGGAAUGUGGAAAGGACUUCAGAGAAAGUUCUAUCCUUUCUUCUCGCAAAAGAAUUCACACUGGGGAGAAACUAUAUAAUGCCUGGAAUUUGGAAAGGACUUCAGCUGAUGAAUUUUUUUUACUUCCCAUCAAAGAAUUCACAUGGAUGAGAAACUAUAUAAAUGCUUGGAAUGUGGAAAGAGCUUCAGUCAGAGCUCAAAUCUCACUUCCCAUCAAAGAGUUCAUACUGGGGAGAAACCGUACAAAUGCUUGGAAUGUGGAGAGGACUUCAGUUGCAAGAAAUCUUUGUGUGUGUGUGUUAUGUGCAGAAGAGUGUUGACAAAUGGCAGGGCAAAAAUGUUAUAUUUAUGUUGGAAACCUAGCUGUGCAUCCAAAGGGGGAAAAUAAUGCCAAGAAGGCAUGAGAACAAUCUUACCUGCUAGCUCGUCCGAAGAACAGUUAUGUACGAUUUACGCUGUGUUGGAAUAGCAUAUCAACUCUUUGCUUAAAGUGUAAUAUCAUGAGCCCAGGAUGUGUGUGUUGAAGUGAAAUUUUAUAAACAUGAAAAAAAAUCAACACAAAUCUAUCACCUAUCUGGCUGGCUCAACAGCCCUUACAUCGACCCACUGAUGUGAUUAUGUAUAAUGCCAAAUGGUAUUAUUUGUUGUUAUGUGCCUUCAAGUUGAUUACGACUUAUGGCGACCCUAUGGAUCAGCAACCUCCAAUAGGAUUUGUCAUGAACCACCCUGUUCAGAUCUUGUAAGUUCAGGUCUGUGGCUUCCUUUAUGGAAUCAGUCCAUCUCUUCUUUGGCCUUCCUCUUUUUCUGCUCCCCUCUGUUUAUCCCAGCAUUAUUGUCUUUUCUAGUGAAACAUGUCUUCUCAUUAUGUGUCCAAAGUAUGAUAACCUCAGUUUCACAGGCCAUGGUAUGCGCAAAGCUCUCCUCCAGCACCACAUUUCAAAUGAGUUGAUUUUUCUCUUAUCCGCAUUCUUCAUUGUCCAACUUUCAUAUCUAUACAUAGAGAUCGGGGAUAUCAUGGUCUGAAUGAUCCUGACUUUAGUGUUUAGUGAUACAUCUUUGCAUGGUUAAGGUGUUGGACUACUACAUAAGAACAUAAGAAGAGCCUGCUGGAUCAGGCCAGUGGCCCAUCUAGUCCAGCAUCCUGUUCUCACAGUGGCCUACCAGGUGCCUGGGGGAAGCCCGCAAGCAGGAGCUGAGUGCAAGAACACUCUCCCCUCCUGAGGCUUCCGGCAACUGGUUUUCAGAAGCAUGCUGCCUCUGACUAGGGUGGCAGAGCACAGCCAUCACAGCUAGUAGCCAUUGAUAGCCCUGCCCUCCAUGAAUUUGUCUAAUCUUCUUUUAAAGCCAUCCAAGUGUUGGCCAGUAGUGCAAUCUAUGUGACUCACAGACAGAGGUUUGUUCGGAGGAGAAUGAAACCUGCAAUAAACGGGUUAAACAGAGCAAGAGGGGUUGCCAGGUUCCUCAAGGCCAGCAGGUGGUUGGCAAGGGCAACCUGGAAGAUAAGAAGCUGCUCUCGCAGAAGCUCUGGUGUGGGGGAAAGUCGUUUGGAGUGAGAGAACUGUGUUUUGUAUUUUGUCAGUAAAGACUCUUACAAGAAACUUGCCUGGCCUGGCUUAUUCACUGGAUCUAUUCGACACCAGAAUUUCUUACUUGUAUGAUAUCUAUACGCACGCACCGACACCAAGCUGGUGGCCAUUACUGCAUCUUGUGGGAGCAAAUUCCAUAGUUUAACUAUGUGCUGAGUAAAGAAGUACUUCCUUUUGUCUGUCCUGAAUCUUCCAACAUUCAGCUUCUUUGAAUGUCCACGAGUUCUAGUAUUAUGAGAGAGGGAGAAGAACUUUUCUCUAUCCACUUGCUCAAUGCCAUGCAUAAUUUUAUACACUUCUAUCAUGUCUCCUCUGACCCGCCUUUUCUCUAAACUAAAAAGCCCCAAAUGCUGCAACCUUUCCUCGUAAGGGAGUCGCUCCAUCCCCUUGAUCAUUCUGGUUGCCCUCUUCUGAACCUUUUCCAACUCUAUAAUAUCCUUUUUGAGAUGAGGCGACCAGAACUGUACGCAGUAUUCCAAAUGCGGCUGCACCAUAGAUUUAUACAACGGCAUUAUGAUAUCGGCUGUUUUAUUUUCAAUACCUUUCCUACUACCUGGGAGACCAGGGUUUGAAUCCCCACACAGCCAUGAAACUCACUGGGUGACCAGGGGCCAGUCAGCCUCAGAGGAAGGCUUGGUAAACCACCUCUGAAUACCGCUUACCAUGAAAACCCUACUGAUAGGGUCGCCAUAAGUCGGAAUUGACUUGAAGGCAGUACAUUUACAUUUAUUUUUCUGGUUCUCUCAUAGCUGUCCUCCCCAGUUCUAACCUUCUUCUGAUUUCUUGACUAUUGUCUCCAUUUUGGUUAAUCACUGUGCCAAGGUAUUGAUAAUCCUUGAUAAGUUCAAUGUCCUCAUUGUGAGCUUUAAAGGUGCAUAAAUCUUCUGUUGUCAUUACUUUAGUCUUUUUGAUGGUCAGCUGUAGUCCUGCUUUUGUGCUUUCCUCUUUAACUUUCAUCAGCAUUCAUUUCAAAUCAUUACUGGUUUCUGCUAGUAGUAUGGUGUCGUCUGCAUAUCUUAAAUUACUGAUGUUCCCCCAAUUUUCACACCUCCUUCAUCUUGGGCCAAUCCCCCUUUCUGUAUGAUAUGUUCUGCGUAUAGAUUAAACAAAUAGGGUGAUACAAUACACCCUUGUCUCACACCCUUUCCAAUUGGGAACCAAUUGGUUUCUCCAUGUUCUGUCUUUACCGUAUUCUCUUGUCCAGAGUAUAGGUUGUGCAUCAGGACAAUGAGAUGCUGUGGCACCCCCAUUUCUUUUAAAGCAUUCUAUAGCUUUUCGUGAUCUACACAGUCAAAGGCUUUACUGUAAUCUAUAAAGCACAGGGUGAUUUCCUUCUGAAAUUCCUUGAUCCGUUCCAUUAUCCAAUGUAUGUUUGUGAUAUGAUCUCUGGUGCCUCUUCCCUUUCUAAAUCCAGCUGGGAUAUCUGGCAUUUCUCACUUCAUAUAUGGUAAGAGCCUUUGUUGUAGAAUCUUGAGCAUUACUUUACUUGCAUGGGAUAUUAAAGCAAUAGCUCGAUAAUUACUGCAUUCCCUGGGAUCCCCUUUCUUUGGAAUUUGGAUGUAUAUUGAAAGCUUCCAGUCUGUGGGCCAUUGUUUAGUUUUCCAUAUUUCUUGACAAAACGUUUUUCAAAAUUUGUACGGAUACAGUCUCAGUAUUUAUUUUAUUUAUUUAUUUAUUAAAUUUAUUAGUUGCCCAUCUGGCUGGCUGUCCAGCCACUCUGGGCGACGUACAAAAUAAAAACAUACAAAUACAUUAAAACAUUAAAAAUCUCACCAAUAAUAAUAAAACCUAACCCACCCCAAAAGCCUGCCUGAAGAGCCAGGUCUUCAAGGCCCGGCGGAAGCUCAUCAUAGAGGGGGCAUGGCGGAGAUCAUUUGGGAGGGAAUCCCACAAAGUGGGGGCCACAAUUGAAAAAGCCCUCUCCCUAGUUCUCACCAGUCUAGCUGUUUUAACUGGUGGGACAGAGAGAAGGCCUUUUGAGGCUGAUCUUGUUGAGCAGCAUCCCUGUUGAUGUUGGAGGCGCUCCUUCAGAUAGACUGGGCCGAAACCGUAUAGGGUUUUACAGGUCAGAACCAACACCUUGAAUUGGACCCGGAAAACAACCAGUAACCAGUGCAACUCCUUCAGUACUGGAGUGAUGUGAUCUCGCCGGCGGCCGCCUUUAAUCAGCCAAGCCACCGCAUUCUGUACCAGUUGCAGCUUCCGGACCGUUUUCAAGGGUAACCCCAUGUAGAGCGCAUUACAGUAGUCUAGGCGAGAGGAGACCAGGGCAUGUACCACAGAUGGGAGCAGAUGAUUGGGAAGGUAGGGGCGCAGCCUCCGUAUCAGAUGGAGUUCAUACAGUGCCGCCCGGCUCACAGCCGAGACCUGAGUCUUCAUGGACAGCUGGGAGUCAAGAAUGACCCCCAGGCUGCGGACUUGGUCUUUUAGGGGCAAUUGUACCCCAUUGAGCACCAGGUCAACAUCCCCCAACCUUCCCUUGUCUCCCACAAACAGUACCUCGGUUUUGUCAGGGUUCAUCUUAUUCCUUCCCAUCCAGCCACUCACCGGCUCCAGGCACUUGCAUAGGGUUUCUACAGCCAACCUCGGUGAAGAUUUGAAUGAGAGAUAGAGCUGCGUGUCAUCAGCAUACGGUGCCACUGCGGCCCAAAUCUUCUGGUGAUAGUCCCCAGCGGCUUUAUAUAGAUGUUGAACAGCAUCGGGGAGAGGAUGGAGCCCUGUGGCACCCCACAAGUGAGAGGCCAAGGAUCUGAAACCUCAUCCCCCAAUGCCACUCUCUGGUACCUACCAGAGAGGAAGGAACGGAACCACUGCAAUACAGUGCCCCCCCAUGCCUAAUCUCUUCAGGUGGUCCAGGAGGAUACCGUGGUCAACGGUAUCAAAAGCCGCAGAGAGAUUCAGGAGGACAAGGAAGAUGCAUUCGCCCCUAUCCAACGCCCUCCUCAUAUCAUCCACCAAGGCGACCAAGGCUGUUUCAGUCCCAUGUCCAGGCCUGAAGCCUGAUUGAAAUGGAUCCAGGUAAUCCACUUCCUCCAAAUGCACCUGCAACUGCUUCGCCACCACCCGCUCAACCGCCUUGCCCAGGAAUGGCAGAUUUGAGACUGGGCGAAAGUUGUUGAGAUCUUGGGGAUCCAAGGAGGGCUUCUUUAGCAUUGGUUUUAUUACUGCCUCCUUGAGAGCUGAUGGCAUUUCUCCCUCUUCCAGGGACGUAUUUACCACCAUCUUGAUCCCCUCGCCUAGUCUGUCCUUGCAGCUCAUAAUGAGCCACGACAGGCAAGGGUCGAGUAAGCAAGUGAUUGGCUUUAAGGUUAAAAGCACCUUGUCCACUUCAUCAGAGGGAAGAAGCUGGAACCGAUCCCACACCACUGGAACACCACUGGCCGCCUCUGGCUCGCUCACUGUGUCCACAGUGCACGGAAUAGCACUCUUAAUACGAUCAAUUUUCUCCAUAAAGUGCUUUGCAAACUCAUCACAGGAGGCCUUAGCAUGUUCCAUCGGUUCUGGGGCAACUGGACUGACCAAGCUCCGGACCACUUGGAACAGCCUCCUGCGACAGCACUCUGCGGAUGCAAUAGAGGCAGCAUAAAAAUCCUUUUUUGCUGCCCUCAUCGCCACGUGGUAGGCUGCCGCAACCGCUCUAGCCUGUGUCCGAUCGUCGUCAGAGUGAGAUUUCCACCACUGGCGCUCUAGCCGUCUCACCUUCCGCCUGAGAGUUCGCAACCGUGAAGUAUACCAUGGUGCCGUCUGAGCUCUAUUUAGGGGGAGAGGGCGUUUUGGAGCCACCCAGUCUAAUGCCCUGGUGAUUGCAGCAUUCCACCCCUCCAUGAGGGUCUCAACCGAGUGCCCAUGUGCAUGCUCCAAAGAAUCCCCAAGCGCAUUCAGGAAUCCAUCUGGAUCCAUCAGACGUCUGGGGUGGACCAUCCUAAUGGGUCCUCCACCCCCACGGAGGGUUUGUGCCACCAAGAAGUCCACCCUCACCAGUAGCUUGAAGCAACUCUAUUGGUAUGCCAUUUAUUCCUGGUGAUUUGUUUCUUCCCAGUAUUUUAAGAGUAGUUUUCACCUCACAUUCUAAAAUUUCUGGUUCUUCAUCAUACAGUUCCUCCAUGAAUGAAUUUGUUAUCCUGGCAUCUCUUUUAUAGUGUUUUUCAGUGUAUUACUUGCAUCUUCCUUUUAUUUCAUCUCGGUCAGUCAGUGUGUGAAGGGGAGUUUUGUAGUUCGUUGGAUUGGGGGUCCUUGAGUAAAUUUGAAGACAGAGGCUUGCAGGAAAAAGGUAGGCCUUUGCAGGAAAAAGGUAGGCCUUUACUGGAUGACAAGUGUACACUUGGUAUUCUCCCUCUGAGUGAGUGAAGAACUGCAGCAUGGUACUGCAUGCCUGGAGUUUUUAUACACUUCAGGACAAAGAAAUUAGCCUUAAUGAAUCAGGAGGCUAUAUAUCAGUAUUACAUAAGCAUUACAGUAUUACAUAGGCAUUGUACUUCAGAGACAGUUCUCAACUUUCUUCCCACAAAAAAGUUCACACUGGGGAGAAACCAUAUAUAUGCUUGGAAUGUGGAAAGGGCUUCAGUUGCAAGAAAACUUUAUAACUUCCCAUCAAAGAAUUCACACAGGUGAAUAACCAUAUAAAUGCUUGGAAUGUGGGAAGAACUUGAGCUGCAAGAAAGGUCCCACUUCCCACCGAAAAAUUCAUAUAAGAGAGAAACUAUUGAAAAUUAUUGGAGUGUUGAAAGAGCUUCAGAAGAAACAAGUAUGUCAUCAUCCAAGAAUUCACAAAGAGGAAAAACCAAAUUAAAGUGUAGAGAAAACCUGUGAAAGACAGGAGGGGACUGAAUACAAUAUAGAUGAGAGAUAGGGACGUGAUUAAUAGCUGUUCUGUUUCUUGAUACUAUAUUGAUUUGAAUACCAGUAGCUGGAAACCUUUGGAGGGGAGAGUGAUCUUGCACUCAGGUCCUGCUUGUGGGCUUUCCGGAGGCUUCUGGUUGACCAGAUCUGGCAGGCCCUUCUUAUGUUCUUACUUGUGUUCCUAUUAUAUAUCCAAUGUGAUUCAUUUGUAUUUUGUGAUUUUUCUAUUUUAAUAUAGUUUGAUUCAUUUGUUGUAAUUAUUAUACUUUUAUUGUGGUGUGUCCUUUAAAUUAGGA